AGUGACUCUGGAGGGCUGAAGAUGACGGCAGCUCUCAAGAGUAACUUCAGUAGUUUGGAAGGAGCCAUUGGAGGAGGCUGCGAUGCAACACAGAAACACACCCGCACACCGCUUGCUUUGGAAAACUGCCUUUUCCUGUACUUCUGCUCCCGCCCCAUCACGCAUUAUGGGGUUUGCAAUCCAUGCAAAGCCCUGGGAAGGGCCAAGCUUUUUGCUUUUUCACGCGGGAUGAUUCAGGCUCUGUAUGUGUGUUGCGUUAUUUAUUUAUUCAUUUUUGUUUCCUCCGCUUCUCCCUUUGGCAAUUGCCCGAAAGGGAGGACCAGCCUCAGCAUCUUUCUCCAGCUGCAAAAGUAGGAAGGCGUGGGCGGGGCCUCGCGAGGAGGCGGGGUCCAGCGGAGGCCCCGCCCCUUCCGACCUUGUCCGGGGAGCCGCUCAGCCUCCGCCGGUCAAAGGAGAUUAGCGCGUCUUGCGCUCGUCUGCAGAUCCAGCAUCUCUCCACUGCGGAACUCUCUGACAACUGCUGUUAAAAUGUUUUAUUUUUGGCAAGGAGCGUAUUUUUAGGUCAAAGCAAGGCAACUGUUUAGCCAAGGAUUUUGGAGCCUUUACACAGAUUCUGUUCUUGGUCCUGAAGUUGUAAUGAUGAUCAAAGUUGAGCCAAUGUUUUCUGCAGAUGUUAAGGAAAAACUGAGCAGUGAUGUUGGCAUUAACCCUGGCCUAAGAGCUUUGUGUCUCUUCCUUCCCUUCUGUUUUAUGAUUCCCACCUCUCUACCUCAUUUUGGAACCGGUUUAAGAUGCGCGCUUGGACAGCUGUGGCCAGCACCCUCACCUUCCUAGGGACGGAUGUGACGUUGACCACCCUGUUGUACGAACACAACCGCCACAGCAGGACCAUCCUUCAGGAUCUCAAGCACUUCAACAUCUUUGACUCCAUGCUGGAUAUUUGGGGCUCUUGUCUGUAUCGCAGCUGCCUGCUCUUGGGGGCCUCCAUUGGGGUGGCCAAAAACACCAGUUAUGGUCCCAGACGGUUGAAAGGGUCCCGGAUCUUUAUCAUCUUGGUCUGCUUGGCGAUUGGGAUUUAUGCCCUGGUCAAGUUGCUUCUUUAUUCUGAAGUGAGAAAGACCAUCAAGGACCCUUGGUUUUGGGGUUUGUUCGCCUGGACCUACAUCUCGCUGGUGGCCACUUUCUCUUUUUGGCAGCUGCUUUCCUCUGUGACCCCUGCCAGGGAUACCUUGGAGAUUAAUUCAGAAUCCAGGGCUGAAGCAGAAGACGUCGGAGACCCCAGUUCUCCUGGGGUUCAGGGAAAGAAAGAGGAGGCCUCAGCUGCCACCAUUUGUAAACUCCUGUCCUACACCAAGCCAGAUGUUCACUUCCUUGUGGUGGCCUUUUUCUUCCUCUUACUAGCUGCUUUAGGAGAAACCUUCCUUCCAUACUACACUGGCCAGGCCAUUGAUGGGAUAGUCAUCCAGAAGUCCAUGGACCAGUUUUCCAAGGCAGUGGUGAUCAUGGCGUUUCUAGCCAUAGGAAGCUCAUUUACCGCAGGUAUCCGAGGCGGCCUCUUCACCCUGGUGUUUGCUAGAUUGAAUAUCAGGCUCCGUAACAGACUGUUUCGAUCGCUAAUGGUGCAGGAAAUGAGUUUCUUUGACGAAAAUCUCACUGGUGACAUCAUUUCCCGACUCACAUCAGACACAACCAUUGUGAGCGACCUUGUCUCCCAAAACAUCAACAUCUUUUUGCGCAACCUGGUCAAAGCCACCGGGGUCAUUGUUUUCAUGUUUAGUCUCUCGUGGCAGCUGUCCUUGGUGACCUUCAUGGGCUUCCCUAUAAUCAUGCUGAUGUCAGACGUUUAUGGGAAAUACUAUAAGAAGCUCUCUAAAGAAGUCCAGAAUGCGUUGGCCAAGGCGAACAACACCGCCGAAGAAACCAUCUCCGCUAUGAGGACAGUCCGAAGCUUUGCCAACGAGGAGGCCGAGGCUGACGUCUAUUGGGAGAAAUUGCAGCAAGUCUACAAACUUAAUAAAAAAGAGGCGAUGGCUUACACCUACUAUGUGUGGUCAAAUGGACUCACCCUACUCAUCGUUCAAGUGAGCAUCUUAUACUAUGGAGGCCAUCUGGUGAUCACAGAGCAAAUGACAAGUGGCAACUUGAUAUCCUUCAUUAUUUAUGAAUUCGUCUUGGGGGACUGCAUGGAGUCCAUUGGUUCAGUUUACAGCGGCCUCAUGCAGGGUGUGGGAGCCGCUGAAAAGGUAUUUGAGUUCAUAGACCGUCAGCCCACAAUGUUAAAUGAUGGGACUCUGGCUCCUAGCCAACUGGAAGGAAAAGUGGAAUUCAGGAAUGUCACUUUUGCUUACCGCACUCGUCCUUCGUCCCAGGUUUUACAGGAUGUCUCCUUCAUUCUCCAUCCUGGGAAAGUAACAGCGCUGGUGGGGCCUUCAGGCAGCGGGAAGAGUUCCUGUGUCAACAUCAUGGAGAACUUCUACCCUCUUCAACAGGGCCAGGUUCUUCUGGAUGGACAGCCUAUCAGUCUGUAUCAACACAAGUAUCUUCACUCGGUGAUCUCCCUGGUGAGCCAAGAGCCAGUCUUGUUUGCCCGAUCUAUUGCGAAAAACAUCUCUUACGGUUUGGACUCAGCCCCGUACGAUUUAGUCGUUCAAGCUGCCCAAAAUGCCAAUGCCCACACCUUUAUUAUGGAAUUGCAAGACGGCUAUCACACAGAAGCUGGGGAGAAGGGAACCCAAUUGUCCGGCGGUCAGAAGCAGAGAGUGGCGAUCGCAAGAGCUUUAAUCAGAAACCCACCAAUCCUGAUUUUGGAUGAGGCUACAAGCGCUUUAGAUGCAGAGAGUGAACACGCGAUUCAGAAAGCCAUUUAUGAACAUGUGCAGAAUCACACGGUGCUGGUCAUCGCCCAUAGACUAAGCACUGUGGAAAAGGCACACCACAUCAUUGUUCUUGACAAGGGCCGUGUGGUACAGCAAGGAACGCAUAAGCAGCUUAUGGAAGAAGGCGGCCUUUAUUACAAGCUAGUGCAAAGACAGAUUCUUGGCCGUGAAACAGGCACAGGGGACAGCUGUCCAGUGGAUGGUGGCUUGGCUAACAUCCAGAAAGGUUCUCCCAAGACAGGAUUGGCAGAAGAGAUAAAGAAGUGACACCACAAUUGCUGAACUUGAAGAUGCUCAACUGGACCGUCCGGCUGUCAACUGAUCCCAGGAGUGAAUGUAACAAGGGUUCCCAUCAAACCCUAGAUGGAAGAGUUAUCAUCUUUCACAGGGCUUCCCUAGUCUUCCUUAUCUGAUGGUGGCUAAUUAAACAAUCCUAAGCAGUUGUCCAACCUGAAUUACGCCCAGGAGGUAGCCUCCUGUAGAUCAGAAAGAAAACCAGAUGCAGUUCUCUUAACGGGCUAUGUGUUCUUCCCACUGAUAUACCUUGCAAACUUUGCUCUUAACAUAUAAACGGGCAUGGUUUUAGGGGUGUGCACUAUAAGGAAGAAUAAAGACCUUUGAUGGACCUCCAUGUUGGCUCACCACUAUGGGCCAAGAUGGAAAUAACAUGCUUGGGAUUGGCAUUGAAGCCAACCGGUUGACUUUGGGAUCACUCUGGUGCCUACAGAUUUUCCUUUGUGCUUCCAUGAAAGUUGAACUGGAACUCCAGAUCUAAUGCACUUUCCAUAGGGAGCCUGGCUCAUCCGGAAUUUAGAAUGUCUUGAUAUCUACGUGUUGUAGUCCAGGUCAAUGGUUCCCUGGGUAUCUCUGGUGAACUGUGGUACUCCACAAGCUGCAUAUGCAUGAAGGUUUUCUUAUAAAACCAGCGCUGUUUCAGUUGGGUAGGGGUUAUUUCUGAUUGUUCUCAGAGGUAGUAGCAGUAGCAUCCCUAAUGGCAUUGCAAUAAAACCUCCAGCCCUAACAACAGAGAGAACAAGAGGACUGCACCUGUUAUCUGCAGUGCAUACCUGAAUGGCAAUAAAGGUGGAGAGAGAGCCUUGGUUAGGAGAAAUGGGCUGUUUUAUUGCCAUUGGAAUUAUUUACAUUUUUAUCGCUGGUAUGCACAGUUGCACACAAUUUGGGUUGGGCACCUGAAUAUCCCAACUAGCAAGUCAGCUCUGUUUGCAAACUAUUUAUUUCUCAAGAACAAAGGUUUUGUUUUCCUUUUUUUGUUUUGUUUUAAUGCCUAAAAUCAGACAAGUCAGUUUUAAAAUACGCUCAUUUUGCCAGGGAACAUUUUCUUUCAAAUUAUAUUUUAAGAUAUAGAUUCUGCUAAAAAUUCCAGAUAUUGAGGGUUAUAGUUGUUUUGUUUAGUUAAUUAGUUAAAUCAUCAAGCAUCAGUUUUCCAAAUUAUUUUGAUGGGUUUGUUGUGUUCCAACUAACAAAGAAAAGGAAAGGGGGGGGGGAAACCCUCCCAAAUCUAGCUGCGUAAUUUGACCUAUUUUGAUCUAUGAUGUUUCCAGCUGGAUAAAUAUUAGAGUUCUCAGCCAAAUAUGUGCUUAAAAAAACAAAACUGUGAAUUGAAGUGGAACAAUUACCCGGCAACCCUUAAUCUUAGUAAUCCUGAAAAGGUAAUUUGUUCUCUCUGGGUAGCCUUUCCAGUUGCACUCGGUUGUAAAAUGACUCAAGCACUUUAUCACAUUUUAAUUACUUUCUGAUACUUCGAUGAGCAGAUUUUUGUUGUUAGCAGUGUUUCAAAAGAACAUAUUUUACAAGCACUUCACUAAAUUAAACAACAAAAAAGACUACCUCUGAUAUUCUA